GCGCGACGAGGCGGAGGCGGUCGCCCGCGCGAAGGGAUGGCGCGCCUCGCGGUGAUCCCCGCGCUGUUCUUCGUUCUCCUCGCCGCGGCGACGACCGGCGGCGCCGGCGCGCGCGACGCCGAUUCCUACGGCAUCCGCGACGCGCUCGCGUUCCAUCCGGAGGCGAACGCGACGUCGCCGUCGCCCGCGGCCUCCCGCGACGACGCCGCCUCGUCGUCGAGGGACGGAGGAAAUGAUACGGACGACGAUCUCGACGCGGUCGACGUCCCGUCGCGCCGCGCGCUCGCGGCGACGCCGACGAACACCCUCCCGAUCGACCCCUCCGGCACGCGCGCCCCAGGCUCGGUGGCGCUCCCGGCGUCGUGGGACCACCGAACCGUGGACGCGUCGUCGUGCGACGGCUUCCUGCACGUGGAGCUAUGGGACACCGAGCGCGUGGACGUCGCCACGGGCGAGUACACGCCCAUGCCGCGCAAAGCGCACCCGCUGCUCGCGGUGCGGUACGGCGCGGACGCGGCGCCGACGUGGGACGCGGCGUCGCGCGUCUGGAAAUUCGACGCGUCCGCGAACACGGACGCGGACGAGCACGGGUUCGAGCACAACCGCGCGUACAUGCACGUGUCGAUCGACUUGCGAACGUGCGCGACGAAGUGCUCGCAGCACGGUAACUGGGACGGCGGCGCGUGCGCCGCGGCGUGCGUCGCGGACCCGCUGAAAUCGAGCUUGUUCCACAUAGGCGUGUACAACUUCAAUGGGUGGGCGACGCGGACGCUGCGGUACGAUCUGAAGGCGGCGUGCGUCGCGUCGACGCAGCCGCCGUGCCCGCGGCCGCUCGGCGCGGCGGGGGGGUAUUGCGGCUCGACGAUGGCGUGGAGUCGCGGGACGUGCGGGUGGGUGAACGGCGAUUCCGGGCGCGUCACGCCCAAGGACGCGGGCUCGAACCGCGACGACACGGCGGACGACUACGGCGCGUGCGCGUGUAACGAUGGGUACGGGAACGUCGGGUGCGAGAGCGCGGUGACGACGCUGAGGCACGGCGCGACGCGAAUCGGGAGCGCGGAUCGAUCGGAGUGGGCGCUGUACACGGUCGACGUCGGCGCGUCGUCGUCCUCGCUCGUCGUCGAGAUGACGCGCUCGUCCGGGGACCCGGUGAUGUUCGUGAAGCCCGCGGGGGAGUUUGGCGAGACGCCGAGCAUCGACGACUUUGAGCUGCACGCGGACGUGGACGGGUUCCGGUCUCGCGAGAAUUUUCACUACAAAAGAAUCGCGCUCACGACGGGGACGUACUACGUCGGCGUGUACGACAACGAUCUGUACGUGCAGGAGACGGCGAACUUCGUCGUGCGCGCGUGGUGGUCCGCGCCGACGCUCGGGCCGCUUUUGUGCCCCGCGAACUGCGACUCGCCGAGAGGAGGCACGUGCGUCGAGUCGGGCGCGACGAGCGACCGACUGGGCGAGUGUCGCUGCGCGGAGAGACGCGGCGGCGAGCACUGCCGAGGCGAGCUCGUCUCCGCGGGGUUCGGGUACGUCGUCUCCGGGAAGAUCGCGGAAGGGAAGUGGUUGUACUUGCAGUUCGAAGUGUCCGCGGAGCAAGCGCGCGCGUCGAUGCGCGUCGUCUUCACGAAGAAGGGGGGGCAUCCGACGUUGCAGAUGAAGAAGGGCGACUUCCCCACGUUUCUCUCCGCGGACGUCGUCAUCUCGCAGACGCAGUUUCUCCCGGAGCAGACGACGUUCACGAUCCGCCCGCGGUACCUUUCCGAAGGGACGCACUACCUCGGCGUGUUCAACAUGGGAUACUACGCGGACGGCACGUGCGAGUUCGUCAUCGAGCUCGUCACCGACGCGGAUGAGUGGUCGUGGAUGCCGCCGCGGCUCUUGACGAUCGCGAUCGUCGUCGUGCUGAUCCUCGCCGCGUGCUUACUCCUCGCCGUGUGCAAGCGCUGCGUGGAGAGGAACCGCGAGCGCGAGCGCAGAGGAGAGGCGGUCACGAUGUUUGGGUUUCCGAGGACGAUG